GCGAGCAGCGUGCACGUGCCGCCGAGACCGACAACGCGACCAGCGCGCCGAGCCAGCCGAUCGCGCAACACCGGUACCGGGCGCGCCCGGUCGGAGCUGGCGACAGACGGGGUCAGCGCGACAUCGUACCCGACGAGCCCACCGUGACUGGACGCGACACGGGCACCUGGCAGACACUCACCCGGGCGGGAGUUGAUUUUACCAAACACUCUACCAAGCCGCCACCUCACGGUCCAUCGCCCGUCGUCCGUUCAGCCGUCGCAUCAGUCACCCCGUCAGUCAAAGAAUAAGCAUGGCGUCAGUGCGAGCGGCUUCCGUACUAUGGGUCGUAUUGUUGGUGUGGACGGCCGCCGUGACCGGCGCGGCGGCGGACGGCGGUCGGCAGGGCGGCUCCUCCCUGAACCGUCUGGGUCGACUGCCGUCGGUAGCGUCCAUCCCGCUGGCGCGCACCAGCGACCAGCUGCCGCUGUUCCCGCCACUGGGCACGCCGCCGCCGGCCGCCUUCACCGAACAGCGCACCGAACUGCGCCCGGUGGCCUCCGACGCCAGGAGUCGGCCUCUGGCCUCGGCCUCCGACGCCAGGAGUCGGCCUCUGGCCUCGGCCUCCGACCCCAGGAGUCGGCCUCUGGCCUCGGCCUCCGACGCCAGGAGUCGGCCUCUGGCCUCGGCCUCCGACCCCAGGAGUCGGCCUCUGCUGCUGACCAACCUCAGCCGCCGGGGUCCGAACUCAGCCACCGAGCUCAGCCGCGAGUCUCAGACCUCAGCCCCCGAUCUCAGCCUUCGGCCUCUGCUUCUGAGCGACCUCAGCCGCCGGCCUCUGACCUCAGGCUCCGACAUCAGCCGCGGGUCUUUGAUCUCAGCCUCCGACCUCAGCCGGCGGCGCGGCCAGCCUGCGGACGGCGACAGCGCCGCCAGAGACCGGCAGCGCAUUAACGAGAUCGAGCACCGGCCUGAGACCGAGCCCGCCAAGCUCGCCGAGCCCGCCCCGCCGGUCACCGGCAGCCCAUUCUUUGACGCCUCGGCGCCAUCGCCGCCAUCGGCCGCGUCGGACGGCGGCCGCCCGUUCAGACCGUCACGGCGCGUGAUCGAGCCCGAGUCGCCGUCGGAGGAGGCGGCGGCGUCCCCGGCGCGCAGCCGCUCGCGCGCCAUAGCCGUCAUCUCGCCGCCGGUCAGCCGCAGGGAGCGGCUGCGCAAGAUCGCCGAGAGACGCGCCCGGGUGCUGGAGCGGCUGGCGGCCGCCAAGUCGUCGCGUUCGUCGGUCUCCGUGCAGCGGACGGCGCCGGCCGCCGGUCCGGAGCCGCGGCGAACGGCGGCGGCCGCCCGGCGCUCCAGCUCCCGGCUGGAGAACUUCCGUCCGUCCCCGCGUAUCGGAGAGGCCACGUUCCGUCCGACGGGCCCGCUCGGCCUGUCGCCGCUGCGCUCCACACCGCUGCACCUCGUCAGCUAGGCGCCGGGAUUUGUCUCGGAGGGCCCGCGCGCGCUGCCCGAACGGUGCUGUCGGUCGUGAUGUGAGCGGCGGCGCGGAGCCGCGGGAUCUGGUGCUGGGGACUCGUGCGCAGCAGAAGGGCGCUGGGCGCUGCGACACCGUAUGUGGUCGGUACUGGUCGGCGUUUGGGCUAAUGACAUGUUAUUUACACGUAUCAGUACUAUAAUUGAGAGGAUUUUUAUUUUUGUAUUUUUACGAAUGACGUCUAGAGGCGCAGUGUCUAUAUGUGAAAUGUGAGCCUAGUAUUGCUUGUUGCAACGAUGAAUGUACAAUGUAGAUUCAUAGAAACGUCGAAUGUUAAAGAAUCUGCAAUACAUACAUUUACAUAAU